AUCUCGGUUUUGCACUUUAGCGAGUCUUAGCAUAACGCAGAGAAAGGACGAACAAGGAAAGAGAGAAAGAGGGAGAAAAGGCGAAUCGAAGGAUACGAAUAGCAAAAGGGCAAAGAGGAACGGGAAACAAAGAGAAAAGGAACCAAGAAAGAAACAUAGUAAUCGAGAGAGAGAGAGAAAGAAAUCCGUAAAUACACUCAUUUUCACAAAUUUUCAUUUUUAUAGAUCCAAAGCUAUCUUUAAAUCUUUGUUGAUCAGGUAAAUCACUCUUUCUGCCGUACAUCCAUGAACGCAUUUAUUAAUCUUUACCGUAGAAAUAUAUUCGGCUACCAUUCCUUAAGCGUAACUCUAUAGAGUUUCUCCUCUUACUUUUGCGAGCUGAGAUUGAUCGUGUUGCUCUUCAUGAGGCCCCUCUCUUUUGAGAAUCUGAGGAGGCUCGUGGGCCGUAAGAAGGACCGCAAUGAGCCUUCCUUCAAGCGUAGCGAGUCCUUCAAACGAAUCUCCAUUAGGAAGAGUUAUCUGGACCGGGGUAAACGGCGGAAUCGUAUCCAGAAGAACCUGGAGACCGCCGUUAAUCUCCCUUCGCAACCAGCGACAAACGAGAAGAUUAUCUCUCAAGAGAUUAAAGAGCAGGAAUCGAAGAAGAAUCAAGAAUGCUCCCUUAAUCGUGAUUUUAUCACCUACGACGAAUGGCUUCAAGAUGUCCGCUCUUCCUCCCGCGAGAAGCUUCACGAAGUUAAUGUCGAGUCUCUUCAACAUCCCAAAAUUAAGACCACGAAAUCUGCCAAUCAAACCGACUUGGCGGAUUCGAUCACUGAGGAUUUGAAAGUUCUUCAACUUGAUUCCUCGCCAAUCUUGACGCCCAAGAACAAGUUCUUCAGGAUUACCGGUGAUGAAACGAUCGAAAAGUAUGAUACUCCUUCUUGGACCCAAGAGUCCUCCAUGGAAGGAUCGCCUAGCGUUAGCAUCAGUCUUGGCAGAAUAUGGAGAGACGCGGUGCCGGUUCCGGUACCGGUCUCUGUCUCGAUCCCGGUAUCAACCUCCUCAUAUUCUUUCGUCUCGAAUUCUCCGGUUCAUCAUUUUCUGGACAGUGCCUUAAAAGAGAAAAAGCCGCAACCGACUAUCACAAGAACGGUUUCGGCGCCUGAGAAACCGGUCAGUAAGGAUAACACUACGGCGUCGUCUUUCGGCUUCUCUCUCAGGAUCAGUAAGCUCGCGGAUUUUAGACCAGGGAUGACGCGAAACUGUCUCUUUCGCCGGAAGGCACCGAAGCUGUCGCCCAGCGUAAGCACGGAGGGUUACUUCAAGCGAACGAGCACAUUCAGGUGUUCUCGUCGGCGAGGCGGCAAAAGAAACUCUCAACGCGCCAACAAAAAGAAUCAACAACCUAUUAUUCAAUCUCGCAGCAGCAGUCCAGUAUGGUUUAUUCCACCAGAGAGACGUCGCUCGAGACGCCAACGACGAGUUUGGCGGGAGAUCAGAUACUUUCCUGACGAAGGUCCAAUUCUGGAAAGGAUCAACGACUGGUCAUCAAAUGUGUCAGAUGAUCAAUUCGAUGAUCAAAAAUUGCUGCUGUCAGGCGACUUUAAUAUUCGACGGGAAGAUGAUGCUUUCAAUUCGAUUGUUUCGUCAUCUCUGGGCUCUUUCUCGGCAACGUCAUCCUCAUCAUCGGCUUGUCUAGCCCCAAAGAUCAGCGACUUUAACGAAGAUAAGCUGUUCUCUGAAGAAUUAAGAACUAACGGUCUUCUGGCACGGGGAUCUACCUGGAAGCUUUCGGCGAUGACGAUGACAACGACUACGACGGCAACGGUAACGACGACGAUGAUGACGAUAAUGUCAACGGCGACAAGUACGGCUGUUUCUGGAAAUUAUUUUGCCAGCAGCCGAUUUCUCAACUUCUUGACCGAGGGUGUUGUCAAGGAGAGAUCGAAGGGUGGGAAUUCCAACGCGGGUUAUACAUGUCUUUCGUCGACUGACAGUGAGGACAACAAUGUCAAUGAGCAUAGUAGGAACAUCAAGUUUCCGCAGCAACAACAGCAGCAUUUGAAGAAAUCUGGACCCAGAAGACGACCCCUGCGCCGAAAAUCGGAAUUAAAAAGAGCAUCCGGCCAGCCGGUAUUCCUCGUGCGCAAAUGCUCAUCCUUGAGGAAACGCCCGAGAGACAUUACGCAGAAGGGUUACGAGAAAAAACGGACACGUCUACUUCAGCAGUACGCUUCGAAGCAAAUAGGGACUGGAAAUGGUGGUAUUGGUGGUGGAGGUGGUGAUGGUGGCGGCGGUGACAGAGGCAUUGAUAAAGGACUGGAGAGAACGAGUUACGGAAGCGGUGGUGGUGGAGAAGGAGGAGGAAGCGGCAGCUAUGGCGGCGGCCGACCGCAGCCACGUGCACGGCGCACGCAACGACGCGUCACGCACAACGAGAAACGUUAUCACUCAGGUGGUCGCUUAGCGCCUGGAGGGAUCGCCAGUCCCCCAGGAUCUGGCGGCUUCACAGGGAACACCGGGAACUCGAAUACAACUGCUGCAGCGGUAGUGGCGGCGGCUGCGAGACGUGGUAAUCGCAGACUUACACGCAAUGAGAGCCGUUAUCAUUCCGAGGUGCGCCAGGAAGCGGUGCAGCAGGCCUUGGCAGCGAUGCAGGGACGGCCAAAGCCAUCCCUGCCGAUGCCAUCGAAGAGGACCUCUGUAAUGGCCAGGAGUCCUGACCGGGAGAGACGCGACAGCGGUGAAUCCAGCAGCGACGAGGAUAGCGUUGUCACAGAGGAGAGCCCUGGCGCAGGUGGUCCGACUGGCACCGGUCUUUCGGAUACCAGCAGUACCGGUUCUGCCCGCGAUACUCCACCACCGCCGAGACCACCGGCGAGAAGGCCGCCCGGUGCCGAUAUCACCGACAUUGCCGAGUAUACGCCGCAUGCCUACUGCAACAUCCAACCGCCAGAUGUGACUCACGUGACGAGCAAUACCCCGGUCGGCCAGCAGCAAUCGGCAACGCGUCGACCCGGCGCCGACCGGGUCAAUCGCUAUGCGCACGUGGUCGAGGAUCAAAAUAAUACAGGCACCACUGGCCGCUGGAAGGUUUCCGCCAAGAUUCAGCAAUUGCUAAACACGCUGAAACGGCCAAAGCGCCGGCCGCUACCCGAAUUCUACGAGGACGAUGACAUCGAGCUAGAGAUUGCUGCGAAUCCAAAGGAUCCGAAUGCUCCCAAACCCGAGGGCGGUUCCAUGACGUCGGCGAUUGGCGAGAUGCUAUCGGUGCCGUCCGGUCUGCCGCGAUCUCUCGAAGCCGCGAUUCAGAGGUACGGCUCGGCGACGUAUAAAGCACCUGUAGCCACUGUCUUAGACCCUAAUGGUAAACUUUGCGUAACGCUCACGUACGGAAAACUGCUCAGUCGCUCCCACAAAAUCGCCUAUACUCUACUGAAUAAGGCUCUAAGUCGCGGUGGCGAUUGUUGCCUAAAACCCGGCGACAGGAUUGCCCUAGUUUAUCCGAAUAACGAUCCGAUCAGCUUCAUGUGCGCUUUUUACGGCUGCUUGCAGGCCGGUAUUGUACCGGUGCCCAUCGAAGUUCCUCUGACUCGACGUGACGCGGGUUCUCAACAGAUUGGGUUCCUCCUGGGAAGCUGCGGAAUUCAGGUGGCGCUGACCAGUGAAGCGUGUUUGAAGGGCCUGCCAAAGACGGCAGCCGGCGAGGUGGUGGCCUUUAAAGGUUGGCCGAAAUUGCAUUGGUUUGUUACCGAGCAUCUAGGCAAAACUCCCAAGGACUGGCUGUCCCCACCACGACUCACCGACGAUACGCCCGCGUAUAUCGAAUACACCACCGACAAAGACGGCUCUGUGAUGGGUGUGACCAUUACCAGGGCGGCGAUGAUGGCUCACUGCCGCGCUCUCACGCAAGCUUGCGGCUACACCGAAGGCGAGAACGCCGUCUGCGUGCUGGAUUUUAAGCGGGAAGUUGGCCUUUGGCACAGCACCCUUACCAGUGUGCUGAAUGGCAUGCACGUUAUCUUUAUCCCAUAUGCCUUGAUGAAAGUCAAUCCCGCCAGUUGGAUGCAGAUGAUCACGAAACAUCGCGCAAGUGUUGCCGUUGUGAAGUCACGGGAUCUCCACUGGGGUUUGCUUGCCACGAAGGAUCAUAAAGAUGUCUCCUUAGCAUCUUUGAGGCUUUUGCUCGUAGCGGACGGUGCGAAUCCCUGGUCUCUGUCAUCUUGCGAUCAGUUUCUUUCGGUAUUCCAAUCCAAGGGACUCAGGCCGGAUGCUGUUUGUCCUUGUGCCUCUUCUAGUGAGGCCCUCACAGUCUCAGUAAGAAGGCCAGGACGCGCGGGAGUGAACGCGACUGGUCGUGGAGUUCUUUCCAUGUCCGGACUGAGUUACGGAGUUGUCAGAGUGGAUCAGGAGAAUUCCCUCACAUCGUUGACGCUGCAGGAUUGCGGACAAGUAAUGCCUGGAAGUAUAGUAGUUGUUAUCAAAAUGGAAGGACUGCCGUCCAUUUGUAAGACGGACGAAGUCGGUGAGAUUUGCGUGCAUAGUGCGGCGACUGGUAGUCAAUAUUGGGGCUUACAAGGACUUACUAACAACACCUUCAAGGUAUCACCCUUACAAGCUGAUGGUACUCCUUUGGGCGACGUAGAAUACACGCGAUCAGGCUUGUUGGGUUUUCUCGGUCCUGGUGGACUCGUUUUUGUCUGCGGAUCACGCGACGGUCUCAUGACAGUGACCGGCAGGAAACAUAAUGCUGACGACAUUAUUGCCACCGUGUUGGCGGUCGAACCGAUGAAAUUCAUCUAUCGCGGUAGAAUCGCCGUUUUCAGCGUGAGGGUCCUCAGGGACGAGAGGAUAUGCGUUGUUGCCGAACAACGGCCUGAUUGUAGCGAGGAAGAGAGCUUCCAAUGGAUGUCUCGAGUACUGCAAGCAGUCGACUCGAUCCACGCUGUAGGAAUAUACUGCCUUGCUUUGGUGCCACCCAACUAUUUGCCCAAGACGCCAUUAGGUGGCAUCCAUCUAUCGGAGACGAAACGCCGCUUUCUUGAAGGCGCCUUGCAUCCAGCGAACGUGCUUCUUUGCCCUCAUACCUGCGUCACCAACUUGCCGAAACCGCGCGAAGUUCAUUCAGCGGGGGAUUCUGUUACAGAUGUCGGUCCAGCCAGUGUUAUGGUGGGAAACAUUGUCCAGGGCAACCGAUUAGCCUCGGCACAAGGACGAGACAUGGGUGUCUUAGACGAGGAUAGCGAUAAUGCCAAAAAGUACCAAUUCAUCUCUGAAAUUUUACGGUGGCGCGCUGUCAGUACUUCGGACCAUGUGAUAUUUACAUCGUUAAAUGCGAAAGGUGUUGUGGCCACUUCAUUGUCCUGCUCGCAGCUGCACAAAAAGGCCGAGAGGAUCGGGAAUUUGCUUCUAGAUCGAGGAAGGAUCAAUACCGGAGAUCAUGUGGCGCUCAUCUUCCCACCUGGUACCGAUCUGAUAUGUGCAUUCUAUGGCUGCUUGUAUGUCGGUGCAGUGCCGGUAACUAUCAGGCCGCCCCAUCCGCAAAACCUUCAAACAACCUUGCCGACCGUUCGCAUGAUUGUGGACGUCAGUAAAUCCAUUCUCGUGUUGACCAACCAGAACAUCCUCAAGUUGCUCAAGACAAAGGAGGCGAAUAACGUGGUUGACGUAAAGAGUUGGCCGAUAAUCCUGGAUAUGGACGAUAUGCCAAAGAAGAAGCUGCCGGUGAUGUAUCGGGCGCCUACCGCGGAAAUGCUGGCCUAUUUGGACUUCAGCGUCUCGACGACAGGAAUGCUCGCCGGUAUCAAGAUGUCUCAUGCGGCGGUGACUUCGUUGUGCCGCGCCAUGAAGUUAGCGUGCGAGCUCUAUCCUUCCAGACACAUUGCUCUCUGUCUAGAUCCCUAUUCAGGCCUUGGUUUUGCAUUGUGGUGUCUUAGCAGUAUAUACAGUGGACAUCAUUCCAUACUGAUACCACCAUCUGAGGUGGAAGCCAACCCCGCGCUCUGGUUAUCAGCGGUCAGCCAAUCCAGAGUAAGAGAUACGUUCUGCUCGUACGGUGUCAUGGAGUUGUGCACCAAGGGACUCGGCUCUUCAGUUCAUGCGCUUAAGGCUCGAGGAGUCAGUCUUGCCUGCGUGAGGACGUGCGUUGUCGUCGCUGAGGAAAGGCCACGAAUAGCAUUAACGACGAGUUUUAGCAAACUAUUUUCCGCCUUAGGAUUGAGUCCGCGCGCAGUCUCCACUUCGUUUGGCUGCCGAGUAAACACUGCCAUUUGCUUACAAGGGGCAUCCAGUCCGGAGCCUUCGACAGUCUACGUGGACCUCCGCGCCUUACGUAACGAUCGGGUGUCCUUGGUAGAACGCGGUAGUCCGCAUUCUUUAUGCUUGAUGGAAUCGGGCAAGUUGUUACCUGGCGUAAAGGUGAUCAUUGCGAAUCCAGAGACGAAGGGCCAGUGCGGUGACUCACAUCUAGGCGAGAUUUGGGUGCAGUCGUCGCACAACGCAAGCGGUUACUUCACAAUCUACGGCGAUGAGAGCGAUUAUGCCGAUCACUUCAACGCGCGGCUGGUUACCGGCAACACGAACGAGGUCUACGCGAGGACUGGCUAUCUCGGCUUCUUGAGGAGGACCGAGAGCGUUCAACAAUCGGUGAUCAGCGAUGUGCCCGGCGAUACUACUAACCCGACCGAGGCCGAUCUCGUGUCGAACGAUCCGGAGUUGCACGAUGCCGUGUUCGUCGUCGGCGCUCUCGACGAGGCCAUACUGCUACGGGGUAUGCGCUAUCACCCAAUAGACAUCGAGAAUAGUGUCAUGCGAUGUCACAAGAAAAUCGCGGAAUGUGCCGUAUUCACAUGGACCAAUCUUCUAGUGGUAGUGGUAGAAUUGGACGGUAGUGAAAGCGAGGCCCUCGAUCUUGUGGCUCUGGUAACAAGCGCUGUGCUCGAGGAACAUCAUUUAGUGGUCGGCGUAGUGGUCGUAGUGGACCCCGGUGUGGUGCCCAUCAAUUCGCGCGGUGAGAAACAGCGGAUGCACCUGCGCGAUGGUUUCCUCGCGGACCAACUCGAUCCCAUCUACGUGGCGUACAAUAUGUGAACGAAUGUGCAAGAGAAGGUUCUCAGCCCCUUCGUAUUCCGCCCUCAUCCUCCCCGUCGACGUUUUUUAUCCAACGUACCGAGAGCGCAAUGGAAUUCCAUUCGCUCCACGUACGACGAUAGAAUGAGCAAUCUUCGCGAAAAUUUAGCUAAUAAACAUUUCUCAUUUUUGUUUGUUUUCCUUAAUUUUUUUUACUCUGUUCUUGGUUUUUUAAAUGAGGAUUUCGUACUUGGAUCAUGUAUGUAAAUUCUACCUUAAAGUUUCAAAAAUUUGGUAUAUCUGGAUUUGAUUUUUAGAUCUGCAAUUUCGCGAACUUUUAAUUUUAUAGAUUUUUUCACAAAUUCUUAUAAGAAUACGUACUUACACCGGGCAGCUUACUUUUAGUCAGUCAGUUACCUGCACAAAAUCCAUUAUUGGAGCGAAUAAUUUGAAAUAAAGAAUAAAUGAACGAAAUACGAAUGAAUAUUUCAAUAAAUGGAGUUAUACUAUCAAGGAAGAAAGUGUAUCAAGGAAUAUUAAUACGCUCCAGCAAUGUGAGCAUCACCGAUGAAACGUACAUAUGUGCACACUUGAAAAGUUCAAUUUGCCGCAAAUUGUCCCUUGGAAAAACUGAUUAAACUGAAAAAUCAGUCUCGUAUUACAUACGUAUAUGACACACGACAUGAUAGAAUAAUUGAUGACAAAUCAUAAAGUCAUUGAUAAAUGAAAUCAUAAAUUUGCAAUUAUGACACCAUUCUGUUUUAUAACCAGCGAUUCAUCGCGAAAUAUUCACUAUAUCUUUCGAUCAUUGAUAGUUUUGCGAUAUGUUUCGAAAUUUUAAUAACCUAGUAUAGAUCUGCUAAAUCUCAACAUUUGGUUCUUGCAGUUUUGCGAAACAAAGAGCGCGCGAAAAUUUUGGUUUAUUAGGCUGAAACACGCACAACAUCUCGCGAUUUUGUACAUUUAAAGCCAAAGUACUAUAUGUAUAACAUGCAACACAUGUUUUUAAAUUAGCUGUAAUUUUCACUGCGAAGAACAAGAGAACUUUUCUCAUUGACAGAAAUACCAAAGAGUUUCGUCGCAAUGGUAAUUUGACGAUUUAUGAUAAAUUGUUCACAGCCGUUUUUACGAUUCUUAGUUGAUUCAUUCUAAACGUGUUUUUCUAACUCACUAGAAGUCGAACUUGAAAUUUACAAAUUUAUUUGUAAUGUAAUCGAUCAAUACAAAAUUCUCUCAAUCUCUGCACAAACAAGUAUAUAAUCAACUAGCUCGUAUGUAAGGAUGUAGAUAUGUUGCGACGUUAAAAAAAGCUGCCAUGCAUACAGUUUCUUUUUUCCUUUUUUUAUUUAUACAUAUUUCAACAAAACGAAAAUGAUAAUUAAACGGCGCAUUCUUUACUAGCAUAUACAUAUAUAUAUGUAGAUGUAAAGAAAUUUUUUAGAAGCGGUUUUAAUAAAAAGGAAGAUGUAUUAAAAUAUAAUUGAAAGUUUAACACGCAGAGAUUUAGAUUAACAUUUUGUACAAAAUACAUUUCAACAAUUUUAUACAUGAACCGACGAAACUCUUAUAAUAAUUCUUAUAAUAACAUAUAGUUAGGAAAGAAGAUUGCUGAACUUUGUCUAGAAACGUUGAAAGUUGUGUGAUCCGAAGAUAGUGUGACUGCGAUUGUUUUUCUUUGGAAAGACUUUUUUUACUUAUGGAUAUAUAUACAAAAAGAGAGAUAUGCGUGUUGAUAACUCUCUAAUUUCAUAUUCUAAUUUUAAUGUAAUGCGGCAUAUAUAACACAUAUUGUUGCGACAACUUGCGAAACAGCUCGAUUAUAAAUAAUCACAUGUGCAUUUUCCGUGGGUAAAAGAUUGCUUUUAAAUAUCGCGGACAUUAAUUAAUUAAAGGAAAAAAAAACUAGAUUUUUCAGUCCAGAAAUUCUGUUUUCUUCUUUUGUUUUGAUUAUCGUACUCUUUUAAUUGUUAACUCGAUCGAAUUUCAUUCCGACAAAAAUUUAAUUUGGAAUUAAAUUAGGAUUGACGCCAUUAUUUACCUAUUAGUCCGCAACAUUUGAAUGCAAACACGAUGGAGCGUGUUCGUAAGCGGCUAGUAAACGCGAAGUAUUAUCGAUAGGCGACAAUUUGGUCAGUGCAAUAUACGCAUAGUGAUUUAUAUCCCUUGCGGAGUAUGAUUAAUUAAUUAAUCGUACAGAGUGGAUUUCGAUGGUUAUUCACAGGCGGCUUUUUUAUAAAUACGUAAUAUGAAAAAAAGAGCGUUUCUUUCUCACUUUUUCCUUUCCCUCUUUCUUCCCUCCCCACCCCUUCUUUUACCUUCUCUUCUUCAGCACUUUCCCUUUCCUGUUACUUUUUCCUUUCCUCUCUCCUUUUUUCCCACUCUUCUUAUUUCCUUUUUCUCUUCACUUUUCCUUGCCCCUUCCAUCCUGGCUUUCUUCUUCCUCAUUUAUUUCUCCCGGUUUUUUUUUAUUUUAAAAGAUCUGUUUUUUCAUUCUCUCAAAUUCGCUUAUUCUUAUUUCUUUCUUUUCCUUUCAAUGUUAAGUUAUCGUGCCAUGUUAUCCUGUGUUAAUUUCUGCACUUUUACGCAUGGAAAAAUGCACGCGCCUGUAAAUAGCUAAGUUUAUACAUGCUCGGUUGCACUGACAACCUCGGUUAAUUAACUGUCAUUAAAGUGUUAUACCACUUCGUUUUUUGUCUUGUUUAAGUCCUAAUUUAUUGCAGCUAUGAUAUUAUUACAAUUGUAAACAAAGAAAUGUUAUAAAUUAACGGCAUAGUUAUUCAUCACCUUAAUUAACCAGUUAAUCAUAAUUGAUCUCAUUCAUCUUGUUCUUACUGUUGUAGUCUCUCCUCUUCUUUCCUUUCUCCUUUUUUCCCUCUCGCACUCUUUUCUCUUUUCUUUCCUCUCUUUUCUUUUCUUCGUCUCUUUUCUUCCCUUCCCCUUAUUNUUCCCUAUCUUUCUCUAUCUUUUCUCUCUUCCUCCCCUCCUCUCUCCUCUCUCAUCGCUCUCUUUCUUUUGUUAGUGACGAACUUUUUUGGAAAUUUGUAGACGAUAUUUUCUUAGCAAAUCUUUUUUAAGAACAGAAACUUUUACGGUUAAUUGACAUGUUGGUGCAACUAACAUUUAAAUAAUAGCAGAAUUUAUCGAAUUGAAUCAGAUUUUAUGGAAAAGAAUUAAACUUUGCUUUCUUUAUUUAUCAACACAUAAGAAAGCAGUUUUAGAAUUUUUUUUAUUGAUUUCUUUUUUUGAUAGUUUGAUAUAAUCAUAAAUUUCUUCGAAUUUUGCUAUGCAGAUGUAUUGCAGAUUACAGCAUUAUUUUGAAACUGACUUUCAUUUUUCGCGAGGAAUACAGUUUCCUUGAAAGGAGACUUAUAUGUGAAAAUUUAAUUACGGAACAUUACUCGCGCGAGAGAUAUCGGAUUAAAAUAGAAAUACUCUAAAACCAAAUAAUCCUUCGCGAGGGUUCUGGAUUUUGAGGUUUUUUUUAUGUCGAGUUUGAUUUUUAAUGUCGAUCGAUUUUUUUCUUCGUACGUGAAAGAAGAAUGUAAUACUAGAUGCCUCCCGAGAAAAGUAGGAAUGUGCAAUGAAUGACUUUUACAUUGGACGAGAAGCAGUUAUUAUAACUACAUGUACAAUGUUGAUUGUAACGAUAGAUUAUUGGAUCCAUAAACAUUUGGAUUCAGAAAUAUUCGCAUUCUCUGAUCCUUGAUUUCACGGAUAUUAUAGUUAUAUGUGUAUCCUUAACAUUUAACCUUUUCGCGCGCGCGAAUUAUACGAAUUAACAUUUUAUAAAAACCUUGCAAGCAUGUAUUUUAAAACUAUAAAUCUCACGUAAAAUAAGGAACAAUCGUAGGGUAUUAUAAAGCGAAAGGAUAUUAAGCGGCCCGUUGGUUUAAUGGCUUGUUGAAUAUUUGCGGCUUCUUACAAAAAGUUUCCUUAAGAUAUUCCCAUAAACAUAUUUAAUUUAAUAUUUUAUUGUGAAGUACACGCGCAUAUAUGUACGAUUAAAAAAUUCAUUUACGUUUAAAAAAAUCUUUUAAUUGUUUUCAGUAAGUAAUAUUUAAAAGGGAUGCUAUCAUACAUAAAAAAUACAUACAAUGCUGAGCGUUAAGGGAUUAAUAGUAUUUUACUGUUUAUACAUAUGAUCGUCGAGGAGACACGUGAGAUUAUUUGUCAAAUGCAUUUAAUUUUAAGAAGAUCUUCAGUUAGAAUUCAAAGAGAAAGGAUAGUGUUAAGUCUGGCCGAGAUUAAGCCUAUACUUGCGAUGCGAUAUAAAUAAUCAAUUAUAUUAGUACGCGAUACUGAUAAUCGAUCAAUACUGAUAAUCGAUCGUAAUUGAUUGAUUGCAUUAUAUAAUCAUCAUGCAAUCAGCAACGGAAUAUUACGUUAAAAUUUUAUGUGCCACUAUGCAGAAUACGAGUAUAACAAUUUUUGUUAAUUAUAUAUAUAAUAAUUA